CCGGCUAUACCAGACGGACUUGGCGGUCUGAACGCGGCGAGCUCACACCUGUACGCACAACACCGAGUCGACCGACCAUGGGAUGUUCCGGCAGUACACCCGUACCGUCGUCGGCCGACAUGGCCAACGGCCAGACCAACAGAGAAGAACCGAUAGUGAGUGGCAUGUCGGACGGUAUUGUCGACGAAAGCUCGGGCAAGGCGCGUUCGAUCGUCGACAGAGUGACCGACGUGGACGGAAUGAUGAAAAACUGGCAAGAUGUGACUAGAAGCGUGGAAAAUCUAAUGGAAGAGACUCAAGGAAAAAUAGGUUCGUUUUUUGGUAAAUCCGUAGACAAAGCAGACGAACAAGUCGAGCAAUUGGAACAAGAAUUCGAAGAGAACGGUCAUGUCUCGACACCUAUGCCCGACAUACCACCUGCUAUAGGCGGGUUUAUAUUAAUAACCGAAGAAACAAUAAUAAUACCGAGGUCUACGGCGGAUGACGACGAAGGGAAGAAACCGUUGGAAAUGGAAGACAUCAGAGUUGAAGACCGCGGAGAAUCAUUGGAGAACUCUCCCGUCGAGGAAAAAGACAAUGAAAAUAAAGAACAAACAGAUGAAAAAAAGCCAUAAGAAUAAAUACCAAUCAAAACAAGCGAUAAUAACUUCUCGAAAUUGAAUUUAAAUACAACUAUAAUAAUAGUGUAGUAAUUCGAGCUGUACGUAUAUGAUAUGUAUAGAUUUUUGUGAUUUCGAAGGACGUAGACGACGAAUUUAUAUUACACAAAAAAAAAUAGCCGAGACUAAAAAAAUUAUUUGAUGUAGUACAUAAAUUAUUAUUGUAAACGUGACUUAUUGAACUACGAAGACAAUAAAACGUUCGCAGUUAUUUUUACACUUACGGAAUGUGUUUAACGCAUUUUUUUAAUUUUUUAUUUAAAGGAUACCAUAGUAUUACAUUCAUUUACUGGGAUAACAGUUUUUUAGUUUUUCUUUUUGAAAAUUAUAUUAUUUAUGUUAUUUUACAAUAUUAUGAAAUUAUUAAAUAUUUCCUUUUUUUAGUUAUUUUCCACGACUCUAUCAACUUUUGAAACGGUUACCGAUGCAUUUCAUUCACUUUAUUCACUUUUAAGAUUAAGAAUAAUCUACUGAACAUGUCGACUAUAGUGUCCCCAAAAAGAAAACCCACACAAUUGCAAAAACACACUAUGUAAAAAAUUGAUUUUCAUUUGAAAAUUUUUUUCCAAUUGAAUAAAUCAAAUUUGAAAAUUUUAUCAAUAUUAAAAAGCAUAUUUUUCAAGCAUCAAAAUAUAAGUGGAUCACCCUGUAUAUAGUACUCAAAAAAAAAAAAUCUUGGCUUAGAUAUAAAACUGUUAAGGUAUUGAUUUUGCUUCGAUGUGCUUUUAUUUUAAUUUUGGUUCUUUUUUUAAAGUCAAUAUUUAUUAAAUGCGUAAAAUCAAAGAAAUCUACCUUAUUCAUAUAUGCUUUAUCUCACUGUGCUUAACACCAUCGAGGUUGGGGUGUUUUUUUAUAUUAAUAUUUAGCUUAAUAACAAAUUUACUCAUAAACAUUGUUAAGUGUAGGCAAGAAUGGGCAGUAUCUAAGAUACAAGUAUCUAAAAUACAUA